AUGGCUGCUCCAGUGGAUCUUCAUGUUUUGGAGGAGUCGCUGGCUCGGGUUGAUACGCUAUCGCAAGAGAUUGAACAGAGCUUAGAGGACUUGUCAGAGUACUCUCGGCGAGCGCAACAGUCGCUGUCUCCGCUCAGCAAUCAAAAUAGCCGAUCAGGGCAGUAUAAAGCCAAUGUCGACCUUGUUCUUGAGGCAAUUGGUGAACUUGACAAGUACGCAAAGACUCUAGAAGGUCUCAAGACGAAAAUUGAAGCGGGUCCGGCCGAGGUUGGCCUUUCGGAGUACGCCAAGAGUCUCAAUAAUGUUCGCUGGGUCCACGACGAGCUGAUGCAGUCUGAUUACCGUAACUUUUACCGGCUUAUCGAUUAUGCUCAGCAACUGCAAACUCACGGCAGCCAGAAAGUCAAACAAUACUUGAAUGUUAGUGUCGAAAAAUGUUUCCCACCUCUGGACUCCCAGCGCUACAUGGAUGGCCUUACUCUCAUUCCUCUGCCCAGCCAUGAGGAUGUAGCAUCUUUGCGUAGUAUUCUGGAUACGUUCAAGGUGAUAAAUGAGGAAGAUCUUGCCCAUACUACGGUUAGCUCCGCGCUAACCGCUUAUCUCAACGCAGCUCUUGCUUUUCCUGCCCAAUUCGUUUUGGGGUCCGGCGAAGGCUCGGCUAAACUCAAGGCGUACACGGCGUUCACCAAAAACCUCCAGGAGGCUACCGGAGAAGCGGUGGGGCUUAUCUUUGCUGGGCAUCCAGCCCAACAAGAACAUUACGGUUCUUUAGUGAACGAUACCAUUCAGAACGAGCUCACUCGCGUCUCCAAGAGCGUGACUAGCACUACUUCGCAAACUAAAAUGGCACCCAACACAGACUCGUAUGCCUUGUUUGAUUCCAUUGAAUCUGCCAAGAUUUUAGGGAGCACCAACAGCGAUCUGGCUGGCAACGUCCAAGAAGCAGCAGAAAAACUCAAGGAAAUGUUUCGUCAAGUUGACGAGAAAACCCGCUCGGCCUCUAUACCUACUGAGAGCAGUGUAUCUGGUGCAACUGUGAAUAUGAUCAGCAUUAUGCGAAAACUAAUCGGCUAUCCUACUGCUAUGAACCAAGGCAUGGAAAGUCAACCCCCACGGUUUUGGAUGCCCUCUCCCGCACCCCAAUGGGCCUCUAAUACCUCGGAGAGUCUUGUGUCCGUGCUAGUACCUUUUUCUUUGUACCUCAGUGACCUCAUUGAGUGCUCUAUUUUCAACUUGCAGGCCGCUGGUCGUGCUGCAGGAUUCACCCGCUCGUCACAGCUGGGGAUCUUAUCCCUUGUCAAUCUGGCGACUAUUGAGCAUUCUAUCAGUACAUUCAACUCCAAUCAAACUAGUAUCUCGGUACUGGUUGGGCCCCAUGGAUCAGUGUUGAUGCAGCGACUGCAUAAAAGGGCCCUAAACAUGUUUUUGACCGAUUGGAACAAGCUGGCAGGCCAUCUCAUGGAUGUGACUACGUCGUCAAAAACUACAAAGCUUUCAAGUAAAGACCGUGAGGCCGUCAAGGAGAAAUUCCGUCUAUUUAACAGUGAGUUCGAAGUGCUUUUGGAGCGACAAAAGAGGUACAAUAUCACUGACUCUGUUUUGAGGCAGAAACUGUUCCAAGAGAUCUCCAAGCUUAUCUCACCUCUGUACAACCGCUUCUAUGAAAAGCAUCGUGGUGGUGAUUUCACAAAGAAUAUCGACAAGUACAUCAAGUACGACAAAACCCAAUUCGAAGCUGCCCUAUCUAGUCUCAAAUAG